GCACAGGCAAUGCAGAAUCACUAAUUCAUAAAUGGGAAUGCAGUGAAAUCAAACUGAUGCAUCAUUUCACACUUGAAUUCUGAGGAAAACUGGAAAGACUAUCACAUGAUGCUUGGAGUAUUUCACCCAAAACUCUAAACCUCCUGGCAUUUUAAGACUCAGGAAAAGUGAAAUAAAGGUGUUGAAAGCUGUUAAACUUGUUUCAUGAGGACACAUUUUGAACAGAAGAAUGGCGGGAAAAGACUACCAUCACCUCUUCAAGCUGCUCAUCAUUGGUGACUCCAAUGUAGGGAAAAGCAGUUUGCUCUUACGAUUUGCAGACAACUCAUUCUCUGGAAGUUACAUAACCACUAUUGGAGUUGACUUCAAGAUCCGCACAGUAGAGAUUGACGGAGAAAGAGUUAAACUCCAGAUCUGGGACACUGCAGGGCAGGAAAGGUUCAGAACCAUCACCUCGACGUAUUACAGAAACACUCAUGGUGUCAUCAUUGUUUACGAUGUUACAAACCCUGAAUCAUUUGUCAACGUGAAAAGGUGGUUAAACGAAAUCUCACAGAACUGUGACAACGUCUGCAAAAUAUUAGUGGGAAACAAGAACGAUGAUCCUUCUAAAAGGCUUGUGGACAGCCAAGAUGCUAUGCGCUUUGGAGAGUCAGUUGGUGUGAGGUUGUUUGAGACGAGCGCUAAAGAGAAUAUCAACGUAGAAGAGAUGUUCAUGGCUUUCACCCACAUGGUCCUUCGGGCCAAGAAACAGAGCCAGAGUCGAGCAGAAAGAGAGAGAGAGAGAGAAAAGGACACUGUCCAUAUUAAUUCCCACAGGGAUAGAGAGAGGAGGAAGAAAGGGAAGAAAUGCUGUUAGAGGAGAGGUGUUUGGAAGAUAUGGAAAGAAGGACAAAUCAAACACCUUUGCAACUUUGUUCCUUUGCGUCAACUUAACAGAUCAGAAAUGUGACCUUUUUAUGUUAACACUGCGCUUAGAUAAAGCCAAGAGGAAUAAAAUCACUAUUAUGUGCCGAACAUCAGCGUUUGUUUACACGUUUAUCCAUUUUUUUUUUUUUUUUUUUUUGCUUUUUACAAAAGGGGAAUUGACUGGCAUGUUUUUACACUGGUAUCAAAAGCCUGGUCCAGGAAAGACACUAUACACAAACUGUCUAAUGUGUUCCACUAUUAUUUGUGAGAGAUGUUUCGUGUUGGAUUAAAAUUGUCCUGGUAUAUGUCAUUAAUGUAUGCAAAUAAUAAAUAAGCAAUAAAACAUGAUUUUAACGGAA